CUACAAUGGAGGCGCUGACCUUGCAGUCGCGAGUUAAGCUGAACGAUGGAUACGACAUUCCCAUCCUUGGCUUUGGCACGUACGAAAUGGAUGGUAGAGAUGCCUAUCGAGCGGUUACAUACGCACUUGAGGCUGGUUAUAGACUAAUCGAUUCGGCAGAAUGGUAUUACAACGAGGCCGAAUGCGGCCACGCCAUUCAGGAUUUUCUACAAAGGACAGAGACCCCUCGAGAAGAAAUCUGCUAUACGACUAAGUUGAUGAGCAAUCGCGGACUUCAACAUGCGCGGGCUUCCAUCAGAAAGAGCCUCAAAGCGUGCAAACUGGGAUACAUCGACAUAUACUUGUUACACUCACCUAUGGGUGGGUUUGAGAUGAGAAAGGAAAGCUGGCUGGCGGCCGUUGAGGCGAAAGAAGAAGGACUUAUUCGUUCGAUUGGCGUAUCAAAUUUUAGCCAAAGACACCUGAAGGAGUUUUCAGGAGCAGGGUUCAUACCUGUCCUCAACCAGAUCGACCUGCAUCCGUUCAUGACGCGUCGACAAGUGGUGGAAUACUGUCAGCCGAACGGGAUACUUCUUGAAGCAUGGGCACCCCUUGUGCGAGGGCUGAGAUUUAAGGACCCAGUGAUCCAGAAGAUUGCCAAAGCCCAUGACAGAAAGCCCUCUCAAGUUCUGCUGCGAUACUCUCUCCAGAAGGGGUACAUCCCUCUUCCGAAAAGCGUGUCUCCGAAUCGCAUCGUGGAGAACAGUCAAAUUUUUGACUUCGAAUUGACUGAGAAUGAUAUGGACGCUCUCGACAAUCUCGACGAAUAUCUUGUUACCGAUUGGGAUCCAACGGAUGCGGAGUGAAUAAACGAGAAUCCCUUGCUAUUCAUUUAUGGCUUCCCAGCCGUUUUGAGGAGGUUCUCCCAGUGAAAGUUCGAUGGAUCUUGGUGGAAAUCGUGGAGGAGCUUUCGUCGAAUGAGGCUGUCUUCAUCAUCAUUGGUCCAAGAUUGCAGAUAGAAACGCUGCAGGCCCAUUGCUAGAGCAUGGGUAUCUUCCUUCGUUAGGAGGAGUGUCCAUGGAUUGUUUUCGGAAGGUGUAAUUUCCCCUCGUAAAAGAACGAGCUUGUGAGAGUGAGAUAGUUCAGUGUAAUGAGAGACGACUAGAUAUGGCUUGGCAAAAGACUGAUGGAGCUUGUACUCCUCAAGAGGGGUGAAGAGGACUGUUGAGCACCGGAGAUUACGGCUGACGUCGAGGUGAGGCGGCACAAAAGGCUCGUUGGAUGUGUCGGGCUCUUGCGGUCGAUGAUGGAAUGCCCAUUGAAGAAGAUAAAACUGCCAGGCUGUGCUUGGUUCAUUGCCUUGGGCACGUUUCGGUAUUGGCAGAACGAACAUCGGAUACUUCUGCGCAACCUCGGACAUUCGUAGAUAGGUUGAAGCAGGUAUCGUUGCUGACAAGAAUGCGUGAUUAUGGUUUGCAGAAUGAUACGCAGUCCAGAGCUCGUGAAUGAUCUCGGAGGAAUGAGGUCGUUCUAGUAUCUUUUUCAGAUGGAGAAUUUCACUAAGCGGCUUUAACGGGGAUCUGUUUGCCGUUGCUGAGGCAAUAGUUGGCAAAGAACUCUUGCGGGCCCAAGACGGCAAACUCGAUGGAAGUAAUGGGAUGGCUGGCUGACGGGCGCCAGAUUUGUCCUCUUGUAUUUUCGCCUUGAGUGCUACGAUGUCUGUUACGUCUUCUUGUUCCAUUUUUUUCUGCAACUUGUCAGCAUAUUUUACUUGCAUCUCGGCCGUCCUUCGUUUCAGAGUUUCCCGUGUGACCGCAUAUGAUAGAGGAUUAUGGUCUGAAAUUUGCUGCGAAUCGUCUUGUGAGCUGUUUGAACGCGUAUGAGGUCUCAAGCACUUUGGGAGCUUUAGUAUAGGUCGAGAAUGGACGGAU